AUGAUCCUUUGUCCUGAGGAAGCACAAUGGCCGGCCUUGAGGACAUUGUCGCAGGACGUUGACACGGGUGUCCUGCGGGAGCCAAGGAGGGCUAAUUUCGGGACAACAAAGCUGAUGUAUACUUUACACUCUACACAUCUCUAUCCAAUCCUAACCGCAUUAACUGCCACCUCCAGCGAGUUCGAUCACCUUGGGAUCACCAUCCCAAGGGUAUCCGCUCGACGGGGGCCAAUGUCUUUGCCUGAACGUACUGGUUCAGCAUGGUACAUCUCCGGACUAUUCGGAGGAGGCGAGGAUAUACGGGAGGUUCCACGGCUGUACCUGCCGGGUAUCCGACCCCAGCAACAGGGUAAGCAUAUCCUAUAA